CCCGUCCCCUUCAGGCUGGCCUCGCCUCGCGCGCUCUCCCUCUCCCCUCCUCCCCCUCCCCGCUCUCGCGCUCCUUCUCCCCCCGUCCCCCCACCCGCCUCCCUGUCAGAGUGGAGGCUGCGCUGGGAAACAUGGCGUCUGAGGGGAUGAUUUUAACGAACCACGACCACCAAAUCCGCGUCGGGGUCCUCACAGUGAGUGACAGCUGCUUCAGGAAUCUCGCAGAGGACCGCAGUGGGAUAAACCUUAAAGACCUCAUCCAAGAUCCUUCUUUGUUAGGUGGGACUAUAUCAGCAUACAAAAUAGUGCCCGAUGAAAUAGACGAUAUUAAGGAAACUCUGAUAGACUGGUGUGAUGAAAAGGAACUUAACUUGAUUUUAACAACUGGAGGAACAGGAUUCGCACCAAGGGAUGUCACACCAGAGAAAUUCCCAACAUUCCCAUUUUGUGGGCUCCAGAGAGGGGCCACUAAAGAAGUAAUAGAACGGGAAGCCCCAGGGAUGGCCAUGGCAAUGCUGAUGGGAUCACUUAAUGUUACACCUCUGGGCAUGCUUUCUAGGCCUGUAUGUGGAAUCAGAGGGAAAACUCUCAUAAUAAACCUUCCAGGCAGCAAGAAAGGGUCACAGGAAUGCUUUCAGUUUAUACUGCCAGCCCUACCUCAUGCCAUUGAUCUUUUGCGAGAUGCCAUUGUAAAAGUAAAAGAGGUGCAUGAUGAACUUGAAGAUCUACCUUCACCACCACCACCUCUUUCUCCUCCUCCAACCAUCAGCCCACACAAGCAAACAGAAGACAAAGGCGUUCAGUGUGAGGAAGAGGAGGAAGAGAAAAAAGAUAGUGGAGUUGCUUCAACAGAAGAUAGUUCCUCCUCACAUAUAACUGCUGCAGCCAUUGCAGCUAAGAAGCAUCCAUCCUACACCAGUUCUGCUGCUCUCAUGGCAAAAGGUGAACAUCCCAUCCCUGGUCUCAUCUGUUAUUCCCAUCACGCAGCAGGCAGUGCAGGAGAUCCGAUUCCAGAUUCCAUCAUAUCUCGUGGUGUUCAAGUGCUUCCACGAGACACAGCAUCACUCAGCACUACUCCUUCAGAAUCUCCUCGUGCCCAAGCCACCUCUCGCCUCUCCACUGCUUCCUGCCCAACACCAAAACAAAUUAGACGCCCGGAUGAAAGCAAAGGAGUUGCUAGUAGAGUUGGAUCCCUCAAACUCCAUCGAAAGCUGGAGGAGCUCAGAGAUCACCUAGAAGGAAAUGUCAAGGGAUGCUCUCUCCGAGUAAAUGCUCGGCUCCCUUCGUGUUCAUCCACCUAUAGUGUUUCUGAGGUCCAAUCCAGGUGCAGCAGUAAGGAGAACAUCCUCAGAGCCAGUCAUAGUGCUGUAGACAUUACAAAGGUGGCAAGAAGACAUCGUAUGUCUCCCUUUCCAUUAACAUCUAUGGACAAAGCCUUCAUCACAGUACUGGAAAUGACCCCAGUGCUUGGGACAGAAAUAAUCAAUUAUCGAGGUCUGCAUCCACUGGGCUUGAUAACACAGGACCAACUUGUGAGCCAUGGGCCAUACCUAAGCUUAAGUACCUGGAAGCAGAGGAGAAGACAAGAUGGGAUGGGCAGAGUUCUUGCCCAAGAUGUUUAUGCAAAAGACAACCUACCGCCCUUUCCAGCUUCAGUAAAAGAUGGUUAUGCCGUGAGAGCUGCUGAUGGUCCUGGGGAUCGUUUCAUCAUUGGGGAAUCCCAAGCUGGUGAGCAACCGACUCAGACUGUGAUGCCUGGUCAAGUAAUGCGAGUUACAACUGGUGCUCCAAUACCCUGUGGUGCUGACGCUGUGGUACAAGUGGAAGACACAGAACUCAUCAGGGAAUCAGAUGAUGGCACUGAAGAACUUGAGGUGCGUAUUCUGGUGCAGGCUCGACCAGGUCAAGAUAUCAGACCUAUAGGACAUGACAUUAAAAGAGGUGAAUGUGUGUUGGCCAAGGGAACACACAUGGGUCCAUCAGAAAUAGGUCUUCUAGCAACUGUUGGGGUAACAGAAGUUGAAGUUAAUAAGUUUCCAGUGGUUGCAGUCAUGUCCACGGGGAAUGAGCUACUAAAUCCUGAGGAUGACUUGUUACCAGGAAAGAUUAGAGACAGUAAUCGUUCAACCCUUCUAGCAACAAUCCAAGAACAUGGGUACCCAACGAUCAACCUGGGAAUUGUGGGAGAUAACCCAGAUGAUUUACUUAAUGCCUUGAACGAGGGAAUCAGCCGUGCUGAUGUUAUCAUCACAUCUGGGGGUGUAUCCAUGGGGGAAAAGGACUAUCUUAAACAGGUGCUGGACAUUGAUCUUCAUGCUCAGAUUCACUUUGGCAGGGUUUUCAUGAAACCAGGCUUGCCAACAACCUUUGCAACUUUGGAUACUGAUGGAGUAAGAAAAAUAAUCUUUGCACUCCCAGGGAAUCCCGUGUCAGCUGUUGUUACCUGCAAUCUCUUUGUUGUCCCAGCACUAAGGAAAAUGCAGGGGAUCCUGGACCCUCGGCCCACUAUUAUAAAAGCCAGGUUAUCAUGUGAUGUGAAAUUGGACCCUCGUCCAGAAUACCAUCGGUGCAUACUGACUUGGCAUCACCAAGAACCACUGCCUUGGGCACAAAGUACAGGGAAUCAGAUGAGCAGUCGUCUGAUGAGUAUGCGCAGUGCCAAUGGACUGUUGAUGCUACCUCCAAAGACAGAGCAGUAUGUGGAACUUCAUAAGGGCGAGGUGGUUGAUGUCAUGGUCAUUGGAAGGCUAUGAUGUCAUCAGCAAGAGAAGUUUUGAUGCAUGUCCACAUAUCAUUGACUGUAUCCUGUAAUAUGCAACGGCACAGCUAGUUUUUCUGAUUUGGAUAAAAGUUGAUCAGUAUAGUCAACACCUUGAACUAUAUUUCAAAUGGAUUUAAAUAAAUACCUUUUAAAAAAAACUUUAAAAACAAAUCUUAAAGAAAUCUAUUCUGAUUAUAUCAAAGCAACUUUUUCCUUUCUUGCAAUUGCUUUGUGUGUUCAAUGCUAGUUCUGAUAGCGGUAGCUUUUAGUAGACAGCGGUAGGUGCCUGCAGAACUUGUGUUUUUUCUCAUCUUUAAGAUACAACUACUUAUGCUCUUAAAACAAGGCUGUCUGCUUAUUUAUACUAGCGUAGACAACACUUGGAUUUCCCUUAUUAGUAUGCUUCAUAACUGCUUCACAGAGAGCUUCUGCUUGUUCUUUAUCUUGUAUCUCGUGUUGAUGUGCACAGUGCCAAAAGCAGAGUGGCUGCAAUGGGAACCCGAUCAAGGCCCGAGGUUUUUCCCCCUUGCUGAGUGUUCAGGGAUAUCUGUCAUCCCAGCAGCCACCCAGCUCAGUACUCUUGGGCAGUAACUGGAUACCUUUUGUUUAAACAAACAACAAAAAUUGCUUCCUUAAGUGCUGACAGCCUUUUUAACCAAUACAUUUAAAAAUGUACAGAAUUAAAAUCUAAAAAAAUCAAAGACUGAUCUUGUACAGAUAUUAGUGUUACCAGCAUUCGUGUGGAAAAUAAAUGAGCAAAGAAAUAAAACUAAUGUUAAACAACUCUGUACCAUAACAUUUUCUGUAAUGAUACUGAAACUUAAAUGAAUAAAAAAAAUUCUCGAUCAUUAU